AUGGUACACGCCGGGCUGUCCAAUUUAGCCAACCAUGCCACUCAGCCCGAGUUUGGUGCUAUUCUGUCUCACGAUGUGGGGCGGACGAUUGCUGUCAACAAUGAGGCCGACCUCGUCGAGAACGAGUCUGGCCGGUACCGCAAGCUGUUCAACUGCGUCCUCCAACUGCCGCAUUGUACCUCGCUCAUAGACUCACGCGUGCCCGUCCUCAGCAAGCCGUCCGAUACACCAAUGAUAUACUGGGCGCAGUCUACCCCGGCGCGGAGGCGACGGCGACCUGCCUCGGUUAGUGACAACGCCGAGAUCAUCCUCGACGUCACAGUGGAUAUGGCGCAACUGCAGGCACGACAGCGCGACAUGGAGCUCCCCCAGCUGUUCAAAUGUGUAAACAGUGUCUUCUUGAGGAUGCUUCAGACGGCAGCCACCGCCCAUUGGGUGAACUCAGAGUAUGCAUUGCUCUCGACCAGCACACGCUACCCAGUUACUUCUUUCGGUCCUUCUCGUCGAGUUGUUGGUUAUCUCGCCACAUUCGGGUUGAAUGCGACAGGCCAGCCCGUCCGGAGUGCGGAUAACUUUCCAUUCACAGCCAUGUACAUGUCUCGCUGUAUUCCACCACAAGGCCCGUUUGCACCACAUAAAGGGACGGCCAAUAGGACCAGACACGCUACGCACGCCUGGGGGGUGGGGGGAGGGAUGGCGACAGCGAUGGGGCAGCUCACCUUAAGUCGAACCACGCCAAUGCACCACGAGGUCACCCUGCACUUCGGCGGCGACGAUCAGUGUAGCCUGCUCUCCCGUCAGCGAAAUGGCCGUCCAUCUGCAUUCGACCUCAUCCAAAUCGACUUGGGGUGA